AUGCAUCUCUCAUUUCUCCUCAUCUUUUCGCUCCACCUCCUCACCACCGCCCUCACAGCACCCAACUCUCCCACCGAGUCCGCCAUCGCCCUCCUCGAAGGCCGCGACACCUCCACCAUCCUCUACGCCCCAACCCCAACCAUCAUACGCGCCCUCGACGCCGCCAUGACCGGAAACGCCAACGCCCACAUAAACGACGCUAACGACAACGACAUCGACAACGACAACAAUCUCCCCACCCAAACCAUAACCCAAACCGCCCGCGUAACCCAAACCACGCGUCCCAACGACCCCGAACCCAUAAUCCUGUACCCCUUCCACCUCACCCUCACCUCCCUCUGCUCCUCGGCCUCCCCCGCCAACGCCACCCUCACAAACGGCAACUGGACCUCCCGCAUCAUCAACCUGACCUCGUCGACGCGCGCCAUCGUCGACCACCAUAUCCCCGCUUACCCGCAGACGUUCAGCGUGGGCCCGUUUGAUGCGCGGAAGGGCGAGUUGCGGUUUGAAUACUUGAACGAGGGAUGGAAGUGCGAAUGGGGAGAUACGGGUGGGGAGGCGGGAAGGCGGGGUUGUGGGGGGUGUAGGGUGGGAGAGUGGAGGGAAGGAGGGGAGUGUCAGGGUGGGACUAGGAGUAAGAAGAUGGAGUGUGAGUUUGUUAUGGGGUGGAAGCAUCAGUUGAGGGUGAGGGGCAAGGUAGAGGGAUGA